AUGGUCACAGAGAUACCUGCAAGCUUUUUCCAGAUCGAGCAGAUCCUCUUUGAGGCACAAGAUUCUCAUUCCCUUUUUGCAGUCGCAGAUUCAGGCCUUCACACAUGGCAAAGGAUGUCUGGCUGUGAGCUCCGAGGAGACGGGAGCAAAGGAGGAUUUUGGCAGUAUGGCUACGAAGGGAGGACCUUCAUCACCUUCGACAAGGAGACCCUCACCUGGGUGACUCCCGACCCUCAGGCCCAGAUCACCCAGAGGAAACGGGACGCUAUUCCAGGAUAUAAUCAGAGAUGGAAAGACUACCUGGAGGAAAUCUGCAUUGAGUGGCUGGAGAAGUACCUGUCCUAUGGGGAGGAGACGCUGCUGAGGACAGAAGCCUGGAGCAGCCUCAGAUUCAGGGAGCAGAAGAGCAGAAGAGGAGGCAAAAAGUAG